AUGGCUCCAGAGAGAGAGUUGGAGGCGAGGUUAAGUUCCUCCAGUGACGAACAGUUACCGAAUCCCACAGGAAGAAAUCCACUGAAAAAGUUGCCUUCCGCACUUAGAGCUCUAAUGGCGGUUGAGUUUAUGCAAAUCUCAACUGGAACGCGGCCGGUGAUAUCAUUCUCGGAGAUAUUAAGAGUUGUGAUUGACGGCAAGUUUAUGUUUUCUGGGAAAGAGCCUGAGAGGUGGAGCGUAACUACUACGGCGGUGGAGUUGAGAGACGAUGAGGAGAAAUCGCAGGUGAUUCCCGGCCAACCACAGCAAUUUGAUGAAUUGAUAUCCCAUCCAUCGAUGGAGGACUCAAGGUGCUCGACGAAAGUCCUCAACGAAUUCAGAUCAUUUGAGCUGCAUGUCCAGUUCUGA